CCCUCACCGACACUAUUCAUAACCAACUUAGAAACAAAGACAAAGAAAAUAGAACUUCGAUCACAACUAUAUGCCUUGUUCACUCCUUUUGGUAAAGUGAUAGACGUCGUUGCGAAGAAACACGGUGGGGGUAGAGGACAAGCAUUUGUGGUGUUUGAAGAACAAGCUGCUGCUACUGCUGCUCUACGUGGAUUGCAUGGGGAACCUUUUUACAGCAAAGAAUUAGUA